AUGUCUUCCUACGGCGGCGGCGGAGGCGGUUACGGCUCUCGCGGCGGCGGAGGAGGUGGUUUUUCCAGUGGAUUUGAUCGCAACGGCGGCGGCGGCCAUGGAUCCAACGGUUACUCCGGUGGUGGUGGAGGAUACGGCGGCGGUGGUGGUGGAGGCGGCUACGGAGGUGGCGGCGCCGGAGGUGACCGCAUGUCCGCCCUUGGUGCAAACUUGCAGAAGCAGAACUGGGACUUGAGCGCGAUGCCCAAGUUCGAGAAGUCCUUCUACCAAGAGCACCCCAACGUUACCGCCCGCAAACAAGCCGAGGUCGACAAAUUCCGUGCGGACCACGCCAUGGCCAUCCACGGCCGCGAUGUUCCCAACCCGGUAGAGACCUUCGACGAGGCUGGUUUUCCCCGCUAUGUUAUGGACGAGGUCAAGGCCCAGGGUUUCCCCGCCCCGACUGCUAUCCAGUCUCAAGGGUGGCCUAUGGCUCUUUCCGGCCGUGAUGUCGUCGGUAUUGCCGAGACUGGCUCGGGAAAGACAUUGACCUACUGCCUUCCUGCAAUUGUUCACAUCAACGCACAGCCUCUCCUCGCUCCCGGCGAUGGCCCGAUUGUCCUGGUUCUUGCUCCUACCCGAGAGUUGGCUGUUCAGAUCCAGCAGGAAAUCACCAAGUUCGGCAAGUCGUCCCGAAUUCGCAACACCUGCGUCUACGGAGGCGUGCCCAAGGGCCCCCAGAUUCGCGAUCUGUCCCGUGGUGUCGAAGUCUGCAUCGCCACACCCGGCCGCCUGAUCGAUAUGCUCGAGUCUGGUAAGACCAACCUGCGCCGUGUCACCUACCUGGUUCUUGACGAGGCGGACCGCAUGUUGGACAUGGGUUUCGAGCCCCAAAUUCGCAAGAUCAUUGGCCAGAUUCGGCCCGAUCGUCAGACACUCAUGUGGUCCGCCACCUGGCCCAAGGAGGUUCGCAACAUGGCUGGAGACUUCUUGACCGAUUUUAUCCAGGUCAACAUUGGAUCCCUGGAGUUGUCCGCCAAUCACCGCAUCACUCAGAUCGUCGAGGUUGUUACUGAGUCGGAGAAGCGCGACAAAAUGAUCAAGCAUAUGGAGAAGAUCAUGGAGGGCAAAGACAACCAGAACAAGAUCCUCAUCUUCACUGGUACCAAGCGUGUUGCUGAUGACAUUACCCGCUUCCUGCGCCAGGAUGGCUGGCCCGCGCUUUCUAUCCACGGUGACAAGCAGCAGAACGAGCGUGACUGGGUCUUGGAUCAGUUCAAGGCCGGUAAGAGCCCAAUCAUGGUUGCCACCGACGUGGCUUCUCGUGGUAUUGAUGUGCGCAACAUUACUCACGUGCUCAACUAUGACUACCCGAACAACUCGGAGGAUUACAUCCACCGAAUUGGUAGAACUGGUCGUGCCGGUGCAACUGGCACAGCCAUCACGCUGUUCACCACUGACAAUGCAAAGCAGGCCCGCGAUCUUGUGUCGGUCCUUCAAGAGGCUAAGCAGCAGAUCGAUCCUCGGCUGGCUGAGAUGGCGCGCUACGGUGGUGGCGGAGGUGGUGGUGGCCGGUAUGGCGGUGGUUAUCGCGGUCGCGGCGGCGGUGGUGGCCGGGGUGGAGGCCGCUCGGGAGGGUUUGACGGUGCCAACGCACUACCUAUCGGCAACCGCCGGUGGUAA